UAUGUAACUUCUUGUCUACAUUUCUUCCUAAUCUAAGCUUCCAACUUAUGACUAAUGGAAUAAAAAUGGAUAGCUAGUCAACCACGUGUUGUGCCACCUCUCAUCUUCUUCUUCCCAUCUAAAAAACCCUGCUUAAACCUCCAUUUUUUCUUUCUUUCUUUCUUCCUCCCCAAUUAAUUUAAUCACUUGUUAAUUUGUUAUUACAAACCCUAAUUUAAAUUACACUUUAAAUUAACUGUUCGAAUUUUUUUUAAAAAAAAAACAAUUCAAUUCAAUUCAAUGCUCAAUUGAUCUUCAAGCUCAACAACAAUGGCGAUCUUCAGAUCCCUUCAGAAGAUCAUCAAGAACCCUAAUCUCAAAAUCAUCUCCAAAAUCAAAUCCCAGCAACCAUUUUCUCGAAACCCUUUUCUCUCUCCUCUGCAUUCCCAAUCUCGCUUUCUCUCUCCUCUUUCCUCUGACGUCAUCAUCUCCCCUUCAUUCUCUCUCUUCAAUGGACCCCUCUUCCUCUCUUCAUCUCCAUGGAUGCUCUCUCAAUCUGCAACCCCACUUCUUGUUCGAAGCGACGUCGUUUUACCCCGUAGCUUGAAGAUUCUGCAGAAUGCUAAAUUAGGGUUUCCGAUCAAUUUAGGGUUUGUUAAGCCUUCUUCGGAUGCGAGGGUUGAGAGAAUUGAUGCUAAGGAUGAUGUUAAUGGCGGUGGUUUGGUUGAUAGCAUUGUCAAUUUGCCUAAUUUCGUCUCGUUUGCGCGGUUGCUUUCGGGUCCUUUGCUCGGUUGGAUGAUUGUAAAUGAAUGGUAUCUUCCGGCAUUUGCAGGAUUAGCCAUUUCUGGUGCUUCUGAUUGGCUGGAUGGAUUUCUUGCCAGGAAGAUGGACAUUAAUUCAGCUGUUGGCUCCUAUCUAGAUCCUCUUGCAGAUAAGGUUUUAGUUGGAUGUGUUGCUGUGGCAAUGGUAGAGAAAGGUCUUCUACAUCCCGGGCUUGUUAGCAUAGUGGUGCUGCGGGACGUAAUGCUUGUUGGCGGUGCUUUCUACAAAAGAGGCAGUAGCUUAAGCUGGCAGUGGAAGAGUUGGUAUGAUUUCUUCAACAUUGAUGGAACGCGUCCUGAAAAAAUUGAACCUUUAUUCAUCAGCAAGGUAAAUACAUUUUUCCAGAUCAUCUUAGUCGCUGGUGCCUUGCUGCAGCCUGAACUUGGGACUCCUGAGACACAGACAUAUAUCAAAUAUCUGAGCUGGCUUGUGGCUUCUACAACAGUGGGGUCAACUGCAGCAUAUGGAGUGCAGCACAUGAGGAACAGAUCACUCUCUAAAGUAAGGAGUCGUUAAGGUGGAAUAUUCACCGCUUCACUCUUAAAGUUGUUGAAUGGUUCCGCUUGAUGGAAAUGAUGUGCACUAUGCCAAGGUCGGCCUGCCAGACUCUUCUCUACGUCAUGCAUUAAUAUUGACUCGGAGUUUGUUCUUUUCAAGCUCACUGGGUAGUAGAGAGUGGAUCAUUUUUGAGAUCCUGAAAGCUGUAGCGAUGAUCAGACUCCAACCUCUCGAGCUGCAAGGGUUUUAACGAGUGAGGACUGAUUACAAAAGAAAUGGUAAUUAGUCCUCCUGUCCUGUACUUUGCCCUUUUGUAAAUUAAUAGUUUAGACUGUAGAUGCAGAGUAAAGAAAUGUAAAAGGGAAGAUGUACUAUUGGUCUAUUGUCAAUUUGUCAAGAGUACUAUUCCAUUUGUUGUUCUCUGGAUUUCAUGAGAGUAUCACAAAAGAAAACUCCAGGAUUUUUGCU